AGGUUGAAGUCCGACAAGGGACGCGCGGCGGGGCGCCGGGAGAAUCGCAGAGCCGGGCCGGGUCCUGGAAAUGCUCCUUGGGGCCGCUGGCUGGUUUUGUCUCGUGCUCUGUUUCCCCGCGUGCGUCGCAGCUCACGGCUUACGCAUCCAUGACUACUUGUACUUCCAAGUACUGAGUCCUGGGGACAUUCGAUACAUCUUCACAGCCACGCCUGCCAAGGACUUCGGUGGUAUCUUUCACACAAGAUAUGAACAGAUCCACCUUGUACCCGCCGAACCCCCAGAGGCCUGCGGGGAACUCAGCAAUGGUUUCUUCAUCCAGGACCAAAUUGCUCUGGUGGAGAGGGGGGGCUGCUCCUUCCUGUCCAAGACCCGGGUGGUACAGGAACAUGGUGGACGGGCAGUGAUCAUAUCUGACAACGCAGUUGACAAUGACAGCUUCUACGUGGAGAUGAUCCAGGAUAGCACCCAGCGCACUGCUGACAUCCCAGCCCUCUUCCUGCUUGGCCGAGAUGGCUACAUGAUCCGCCGCUCUCUGCAACAGCAUGGGCUGCCAUGGGCCAUCAUUUCCAUUCCAGUCAAUGUCACCAGCAUCCCCACCUUUGAGCUGCUGCAGCCACCCUGGACCUUCUGGUAGAAGACUGGUCCCACUUUCCAACCAUAAGCAACUCUGGGGUGGGGAGGAGAACCCUGGGAGUUCUGCUGUUUGGAAAUUGGGGAGAACAUUUAGGGAUGGGUGGGAACCAGGGAAAGGCUUGGGUCUUGACUAGGCUGAAGGAGGGAAGCCGCACCACUGGCCUUUCCUGCC